AGAAGUUUAGUUAGUGUAUAACACAAUACCUUUGUUUUAUCUAAGAUAAUCUCUUAGAUAAGUUAUCUUAACUUUUUUUUAUAAACUAAAUAAAAUAAGAUAAAUCAGAUGCCGAUAUUAAUGAUAAUAAUUUAGAAAAAAGAUGUGGAUUCCUGCAAAUAAUAAAUAUGCUGUUGCUGUUCAUAACUGGCACACAGAAAUUCGAUAUGGAUUAGCACUUGACGUUGGAGAUUUGGUUGAGAUUUUAGAAGAAUGUGGGCCUUGGUAUCGUGGAAAAUGCUUAAGGAAACCAACAGGGGUUGGGAUAUUCCCAAAAUCAUAUGUUUGUGCUAAGGACAUGUCAAAGAUAGAUCCUGUUGUUGCAGAAUGUACAGAAGUUUUAAGAGAAUGGUCUGAAAUGUGGAAAAAACUAUUUGUAGAUCGUGAAGAUUACAAAUUUUCUACAUUAACAAAAGUAAUGAAUAAUCUGUUAGAAGGUCGUAAGGAAUUACUCAGUGCCACAUUAACACAAGAUCAAACUUUAGAGCUUCAAAUGCAGGUUGUUGAUAAAAUUGAUUGGGGUAAUAGAAAACUCGGAUUGGAUAUGGUACCAAGGAAUGGUCCAUUAGCUGUUGACCCUCAUGAAAUAGGAAUUGUUAAAUUAUAUGAAGUUCAUGUAGCUUCUGACAAUGCUAAAACUACUUCACAACGUGGUACAUUACGAGCUCCUGUUCGAAAGCAUUUAAAAAAACCACCACAUCAUCUCUAUAUGUGUAUGAGAGAUUUUGGUCAUAGAAUUGGUGAUGAAGCUGAAAUAUAUUUUUCAUUAUUUCAUGCUAAUUCAAAUCGAAUGCGCCAUUUAUCAGAAAGAUUCGUUGUGAAAAUUUCCAAAGAAGGUUUUUCCAAUUAUGCUGAAAAAUUAAACAACAAUUGUACAGUUUUUAGAGAUUUAGGAGCUGCAGAUUUAGGUGAAGAUUUAUAUUUAGUUGCGGUUGUGGUUAGAGUAGGAAAAAUAAUUCAUUCCGAAUCUAUUAAAAAGAUUGAUAAAAUAUCAAGUACUGCUGCUUUUCGUAGACCCUAUGGUAUUGGAGUUUUAAAUUUAAAUGAAGUGUGCCAAAUUGAAAGUACAAUGGAAUCGGAAGAGAAGGAGUUUAGUUUUAAGAUAUAUCAAACAGAAGAAAAAGAUUUUUAUCAAUUGCAUGAGUUAAUUAUUAAGAAAAUUAGCGGAAAAUUUUCACCGCUUAAUACUGGAACGGCAAAUACAAGCGGAAUUACGGUUUCGUUAAAAUUAUUGCAUGGUGCUUUGACCCAAGCACGACAGGAACAGCCUCUUCUAUUCCAAGAUACACCCAUCACACAAAAAUUGGGAUUUCCUGACAUAAUAAUGCCAGGUGAUGUACGCAACGAUAUGUUUAUUACAUUAGAUAGAGCUGAAUUUGAACGAGGUGGUAAAACUACAGCAAAAAAUAUUGAAAUAACACUAAGCGUCUUGGAUGUACAUGGAAAUAUUAUUCAAGGUUCUCUUUGGGGAGCAGCAGGAAUGAAUGUUCAAGAGAAUUACAAAUCAAUGAUAUUGUAUCAUCAAAAUCAGCCAUGCUGGAAUGAAACUAUUCGACUUAGUGUUCCUAUAGAAAAGUUCUCUAAUGCACAUAUAAGAUUUGAAUUUAAACAUGUAUCUACACGAGAUAAAUCUGAACCGAAAUUAUAUGGUUUUAGUUUUGCUAAUUUAAUGGAACCAAGUGGUGCAACUUUAUCAGAUGGUUCACAUGAUCUUUGUGUUUAUAAAUGUGAAGAUAUUAAUAAACUAAUACCAGAAAACUAUUUGAAAUUACCGAGUAAAUCGACUGAUACAAAACAGUCAUUCGAAAGUAAUGCAUUAUUUAAUCGAAGUUCAAAGGAAUUUUUUGCUAUAAAAUCGCUCUUAUGCUCAACGAAAUUGACCCAAAAUAGUGAUUUGUUAUCUUUAUUACAAUGUGACAGGAGAUCUCAUCCAGAGAAAAUACAAGAGUCACUAACUGGUGUAUUACGUUUGCGUGAUGAGGAAUUGGUAAAAUUUUUACAAGAUGUUCUAGAUGUGCUAUUUGCAAUGUUUUCUAAUGAAGAGGGGAACAGUACUGAACAUUCUGGUCUUGUAUUUCAUGUUCUUGUCAGUAUUUUCAAUAUACUGCAAAGCAAUAAAUUUCAACAUUUCAAACCGGUUAUGAAUGCUUAUAUUGAUGAUCAUUUUUCUGCUGCUCUUGUUUAUAAAGGUUUAAUAACCUCGGUUGAACAUCUUGCACACUUCAUGACCAAAGCAGAACAUCACGAACCAUUUCAAAAAUGUUUUAGUUCGUUAGAAUAUAUCUUCAAAUUGAUAAUUCAAUCGCGCAAAUUAUUUGCUCGAGCUACAGGUGGACAAUAUGAAGAUACUUUUAAAAGAGAUCUGUAUUCCCUUUUUCAUUCAUUAAAUGAUAUGCUAAGAGUUCCGAGCACUGAUGUUGUCGCGCCCACACAAAUAGCGCUAUUACACAGUACAGGUGUGGUAUUAGAACAAUUAAAAGAUACUUUGCCAGCUUCAGAACUGGGUUUUUUAGCAAAAAAUAUGUUAUCAUCCGUGCCAUUAGAUUCCCCACAAAAAUUAAUUCAAGCUAAAUUGCAAGCUGUUUUAGAUUUAGUUUCUGGAAAAUUAUUUCUUGAUGAUGCAUCAAGAUCAGAUAUUUUAGCUGUUGCCUGUGAGCAUCUUAAAAUUCAUCUUGAAAAAUUAGAUGAACUUCAAAUAUGUUCUAAGAUUUUGGCACAAAUCUUAUCACAUUUACAUCAAGUGCAAGGAUUACAAAAGGAUAAAAUGACAAAUACAUUGCAUCAUGACCUAGAUUUACUUUGUCAGAAUUUAUUAAAUAUUUUAAUGCACGCAGUUUUUGAAUUCGUUGGAGGAAACAAUACCGUUUUACCUUCCCUCGUUUCCAAUUUAUUGGGACUUUUGCAAUUGUUAGAAGAAGCACAUUUUAAACAUUUUUGGGAUAAGUUAACUAUGAAUGGUAGCACAUUAAACCUAAAGGAUUUUAUCCGUAGUGGAUUAUAUGUAUUCCAAGAAAUCUUAACACCAAAAUAUGAUAUAUUUCAAGAAGAUUGGUUUGUUAUUAAAUUGGCUGCCAAUGAUGUUAUAAGAAAAUCUUUAGAAGAAUUUGCAAAACCUCUAGUCUUUACAUUUUUAGAUGCUAAUUCAUUUGAUUCUCAAUUGUGGUGGGGAUAUUUUAGUUUAGCAGUCAUUUUUUUGACACAAUCUCUAUUGCAAUUGGAGCAAUAUAAUGAAUUGAAACGACGAAAAAUAUUACAUUCCUAUGGGGACAUGAGAGUAUUAAUGGGUUUUCAAAUUUUAAGUAUGUGGUCACAUUUAGAUGAACAUAAAUUACAUUUUAUACCAUCAAUGGUUGGACCAUUCUUAGAAGUUACACUUGUUCCCGAACAAUCGUUAAGAAAAGCUACAUUGACAGUAUUUUAUGAUAUGAUGGAAUAUGAUCAGGCUGCACGAGGAUCGUUCCGUUUAGUUGAAAGUGAAUUAAUUGAUAAACUUGAUCAGCUUAUAGGGGAAAACAAAGGUGAUGACGAUUACAAAGAGUUAUUUAGCAAAAUUUUACUCGAUAAAGUUUAUUGUGAAAACCCAUCAUGGAAAGAAGCUGGAGUAGCUUUUAUAUCUUCUGUGUCUCGACUGUUAGAACGACUACUAGAUUAUCGAAAUGUUAUGCAAGGUGAUGAGAACCGUGACAAACGAAUGUUCUGUACUGUUAAUUUAUUGAAAUUUUACAAAAAUGAAAUUAAUCGUAAAGAGAUGUAUGUGAGGUAUAUAUAUAAAUUGCACGACUUACAUUUCCAAGCUGAAAAUUAUACUGAAGCUGGUUUCACUCUGAAAUUGUAUGCUGAUAUGUUAAGCUGGAAUAAAGAGGAACUAAUUUUUGCCCCAAAUGAAAAGAAUGCUCGUCCUGAAUGGAAAGUAAAGGAGAUUCUUUACUAUCAGAUUCUAAGAUAUUUCGAUAAAGGUAAAUGUUGGGAAAAAGGUAUUCCACUAUGCAAGGAACUAGCUUCUUUAUACGAAAGUGUUCGAUUCGAUUACAUCAAAUUAAACGAAAUACUAACAAUGCAAGCAAAAUUCUUUUUGAACAUUAUUAAUCAACUAAGACCGGAACCAGAAUAUUUUCGUGUUGGAUUUUAUGGAAUGAAUUUUCCUUUAUUUUUGAGGAACAAGCAAUUUGUAUAUCGAGGUCUAGAGUAUGAAAGAAUCGGUGCUUUUACGCAACGUAUUCAAAUUGAAUUCCCGCAGUCUCAAGUAUUAACAAAAAAUUCAACACCAGAUAAAUCAAUCAUGCUAUCAAAUAACCAAUAUAUUCAAAUAAGUAAUGUACGUCCUGUAAGAGAUGGACAACUUUUUAGAAAUGCGAUGGUACCGGUUCCUGAAAAAAUUGCCAAGUUUUAUCAGGUGAACGAUAUUACAAAAUUUAUCCAUGACAGACCCAUCUACAAGGGAAUCGUGGACAAAGAAAAUGAAUUUAAAAGUUUAUGGAUUGAAAGAACAACAAUGGAAAUUGAAUAUCCCCUACCUGGCAUAUUACGAUGUUACGAGGUGGUUACGAAAUCAAUGCAAGAACUAACUCCUAUAGAAUUUGCUUGCGAAACAAUGGAUAAUGUUAAAAAGGAAUUAUAUGAUUUAAUAGUGCAAUAUCGAAAUGAUCCUAAACGAAACAUAAAUCCAUUUUCAAUGAGAUUACAAGGCAUUAUAGAUGCCAAUGUGAUGGGAGGAGUUUCUAAAUAUCAAGAAGCUUUCUUCAGUGAAGAAUUUUUAAGCUCAUGCGGCCAGAGUCAGUUACAACAUGUACACAAAUUAAAAAGUUCAAUUUUGGAACAAAUACAAGAUUUGGAAACUGCUUUAGAAUUGCAUGGCGAACUUGCACCAACGGGUGUUCAGCCAUUGCAUUCUAGACUACUGGAACGAUUCAGCCAAUUGAAACAAAGUUUGUCUGGACUGGGAAAACCGAAAAGACAAAAUUCUGAAAGUAUUAUAAAUACACCAUUACCCCCUUUACCAACUGAAAAGCUUAAAGCCGCUUUUAAUAACUACGGCAUUUAUGAAUCGGAUGAAAUUUACACAAGACCAGGAGAAUUUCAAAAAUAUGAAGAUAAAUGCUUACAAGAAAAUUCAUCUAGAAAAAAAUAUUCUGACAGUGUUAACAAUAUUGGGCAAGGUCCUCCUCCAAUUCCAGUUCGUCCAAAAUCAGCUGGUUACAUUCCAUUUGAAAAUUCACAAAAUAAUAAUUCUUCGUCCAUACAGUCAGCACCACCAUUACCGCCAAGGGGAAUAACACCAGAUAAACGUUCUUCAAAUCCUUAUAUAUUUGGAGAAACUAUAAACGAUUUACAAGAAAACAAUAGUAUUAAAGUUAGUCAUAAGUAUUCAGUGGUAAAUAUUAGUUUGGAAGGGCCCGAAUGUGACGCUGCCCUUUCAUCAUGUGCCGAAUUCAAAACUAAACUCUUCCAAAGGGAUAGAGAUUCAAGCAUAUCAUCUAGUCUAAAUGAAGUGAAUGAUUUAAAUGAUUCAAAUAAAUUUGAUAGCACAAAUCAUCAAACGCCAUCAUCACAAAAUGAUGAACAAUUGAAUAUACAGCCAAAUUUAUGUAACAACCAAAUAAAAAACGCACCGCCAAUCCCUCCGAAAUCUUUAAAUAUAAGUGUUUGUGAUAUAUCAGUAUCAUGUGCAACUCAAGAUAGCGGAGAUUCAGGAUAUUCGUUUCCUAACGUACAUCAAAAUUCUGACGCCAAAUAGUUUAUAAUGUCUUACAAUAUGAAAAAUUUUAAGAAUAUAUUAUGUUAUAAAAUAUAUUUAUACAAACACAAAAAAAUAUUGAAAUAGUAAUAAUGUAAUCAUUUUUGUAUUAUUUCAUUUAAUAAAAGAAAAAUUUCUUAUAAUCUUGUAUUCUUGAAAA